CAGCGGUGAUUGACAGUCCUGAUCCACGGUAGCUGCUCUGCUCUGCAGCAACAAGACCGGAGCCGAGCAGGGGUGGGGGAACAGAGAGACAACAGACUGCAGCCAGCCGGACAGGCUCUGUGCUGUGUAGUAAAUGGGAUUAAACCGCUCAGACAGCGCUUGGAAACGCUAGCAGCAGUACUUAGUAAUAGUAGUAGUAGUGGAGAGUAGGGGGAGCUCCGCGCCGAGCUGUACCGCAUGUGCUCGCCAGUGUGGAAAACAGAAAAACAACCCAAACAAGAGGAAAACUAACGAUAGUGGCAGCCGCCAACAAACCCCGGUUCAGGUUCAGUAUCUGGGACUCGUGGUAGCAGCAACCCAAACCGACCCCUGCCUCCCCUCUCACAUGCCUGCGUUGAUGUGGGAGAGAGGGAGGGGAGCAGAGCCAGGGGACGUUUGAUUUACCUCUCUAAACUUGCAGAAAUACUACAAGAGAAACACACGAGUUUGUUUUAGUGGAAAAUAAAGAAGAUAUAGCGCGUCAUGGAGAGCCAAGCGGGCGACCUCCAGAGCUGCGAGGACGUGCGGAAGAGCGGCUACCUCCGCAAGCAGAAGUCCAUGCACCGGCGGUACUUCGUGCUCCGCGCCGCUUCGGAACGUGGCCCGACCCGCCUGGAGUACUACGAGAGCGAGAAGAAAUUCCGCGGCAAGGCCCCCGUCCCGAAGAAAGCGGUGGCGCUGGAGACAUGCUUCAACAUCAACAAGCGGGCCGACUCCAAGAACAAGCACAUGAUCGUGCUGUACACCCGGGCCGAGAGUUUCGCCAUCGCCGCGGAGAACGAGGCGGACCAGGACGAGUGGUACCAGGCCAUGGUGGACCUGCAGUGCAAAAGUAAAAUCCCCACUGACAAUGAGGAAGGGGGGGACUAUGGCGUGCCCAAUCCCGGCCCUGCAUUCAAAGAGGUUUGGCAGGUGAAAGUGUGGCCCAAAGGCCUGGGUCAAGCCAAGAACUUGGUGGGCAUCUAUCGCCUUUGCCUGACUGACAAGACUGUCAAUUUUGUCAAGCUCAACUCUGAUGCUGCUGCCGUAGUGCUGCAGCUGAUGAACGUCCGACGCUGCGGCCAUUCAGAAAACUUUUUCUUCGUUGAGGUGGGGCGCUCAGCCGUGACAGGCCCGGGCGAGUUCUGGAUGCAGGUGGAUGAUUCGGUGGUGGCCCAGAACAUGCAUGAAACCUUGCUAGAGGCUAUGAAGGCACUGAGCGAGGAGUUCCGCCAACGCAGCAAGUCUCAGUCGAACUCUGGCCCUGGAGGAGGUGCUACUGCUUCUAACCCCAUCAGUGUUCCCUCACGCCGCCAUCACCCGAACCCUCCUCCCAGCCAGGUGGGCUUCACCCGUCGGCCCCGAACUGAGCCUCCGGGGGGAGUUAACAGUGGAGCAGGGGUCAACAGUGCCAGUGCUUCUCCCACCCCACGGCAUAGCUUCCCGAGGUCUCCCACUGCUAAUGAUGGCGGGAAAGGUGAGGAUGGAAUAGCAGGCAGCACACCACUCCAAGGGCCGUGCUCCAGCCCAUCCACAAAUGGGUCUUGCUCGACCACCCCAAUCCUCAGGUCAAAGUCAGCCCGUUCAGCCGCCACAACAGCUGCUAAAACUUCUCUUGGGUUGAUGCGUUCCAUCUCCACACCAGCGCCAUCUCCAGCCCCAAGCCUCUCGUCUAGCUCUGGGCAUGGCUCUGAGUUUGGAGGCGUGACAUCUGCUAGUGCUGGUCCAGGGUCUGGUGUCUAUAGUCAUGUCCCCUCCCAUCGCGCCUCUGUCUCAGGCUCACCCAGUGACUAUGGCUCUUCAGACGAGUAUGGCUCUAGUCCUGGGGAUCACACUCUCCGAGCCUCCCUGAGCCUCCCUGGAAGCUCUGUUGGUAGCACUUGCAGUCAGUCCCAUUGUGAGGAGGGAGCCAACUAUAUCCUGAUGGGCCAACGUAGUGGUGGCGGUGGUAGCAGCAGUAACCAAGGGAGCUUGACGUGCAGAUCCUUGCCAGCACCAGGAACACCAGCCUGUGGCUCCCAGCCACAAACCAGGAGAGUGCUGCGUCGCUCCUCUAGCCGCGAAUGUGAUGCUGAACGUCGGCUGCUGAGCAAGCGGGCUUCAUUACCUCCUAUGGCCCUGGAGAGACUGGCCCCACGUCAGCACAGAGCUGAGGAGCCUGCAGAUGAAGAUUCGGCCGAUUAUGCCAUCAUGUCCAGAAGCACCAGCCGCGAGUCCUUUGCUUCCACCUCCUCUUCCACACAGAGGGAAUCUGUCAUGGGUGCUGGGUCAGCAGGGGGAGGUGGAGGGUACUUGGAUGUGGCGGGUGAGUUCAAAAGUGAAGUGGGUGGAGGAGCAAGUGGUAGUGUAGAUAUAGGUGUGGACACUGGGUACAUGUCCAUGCUGCCUGGCGUCACUCAGCCUCCAGUAUCCCCGUCCCAAUCAUUAGCUGUCUCUGUUCCAGACUCGGAUUCCAAACCUCCUGAUGAUUACAUGGCCAUGACCCCGAACAACAGCGUGUCCCCACCACAGCAGAUCCGGCCUCCACCAGCUUCUGAUGGCUAUAUGAUAAUGUCCCCCAAUAGCAGCUGCUCCCCUGAUCAGCGUGGAGGUCUCUCUGGAGGGGCUUGGGUAGGCAGUGAUAGUGCAGACAGCAGGGCAGGCAGUGACUAUAUGAACAUGUCUCCAAUCAGUGCACGUUCUGUAAAUGGCAGCCCCCCACCUGCUGAGCACACCGGUCAUUUGGAGACCAGUUCUCAACAGCAAGCCCCCAAGAUGGUGUAUUCUUACUAUUCCCUUCCCCGCUCAUAUAAACAUAACCCCUCUGCUGGACACUUUGAGGAUGUGCCCGGACGAGGCAGAAGGCCCAAUGGGAGUUGUAGUAGGGGAAUGGGUGGAGGUAGGACUAUGGAGGGGCGUCAAGAGCAAACAGUAGCAGGCAAUUCAGUGGUUGGACGCCACCUAUCACUCUCCUCUUCCUCAUACUCCUCCAGCUCAGCCAGCAGCGAGAGCCUUGGGGAGAGUGAGGACCGAGCUACACAGGCAGUGAGCACCAUUGCUGGGGGAGCUCAGUCCAAAGAUGGGAGUAAGCUCCAGCAGAAACGAGGCUCUGGUGGAUUGUCCAAGCAGGGUAGCCAUAGUAGGAGCAGACCAGUGAGCCUGUUUGUUGAUGUAUCCAAGGCUAACACCCUUCCUAGGGUCCGUGAGAAUCCCCUGCCCCCAGAACCUAAGAGCCCUGGGGAGUAUGUAAGCAUCGAGUUUAAAGGGGAGAAGAGCAGCCAGACUGGGGUUGGAGGAGGGCGGGGCAGGGGUCUCAGGCAUGGCUUAUCACUGCCUCAUGGCUCAAGCAGCAAUUAUCCUCAACACAGGCCAACGUCUUGCUUAGGGAACUUUAUCCCCCUCUCCCGUAGCCCCUCUGCCCCCAUCACUCCCCCAGCUGCCUCUGAGUAUGUCAACAUGGACUUGGGCCCUUCCCCGUCCCCCUCACCCCUCUCCCUUACCCCACUAGUUUUCCCCUCUUUCCAUACCCCUCCCACGCCACCAACUCUUGCUCAUGCCCCUAAAGCCUGUGUUGAGGGAACUACUGGCCCUUGUGAAGAGGGGGCCAAAGUGGCCGAGGCCCCACUUAGGAAAAGCAGAGAAAGUGCCCCAUCAGUGUCUGAGUCCCCAACAUCCUGUGGCGACUACACUGAGAUGGCCUUCCCGAGGUCAUCAUCUAGUGUCUCCCCCAAAGCCCUGUCCCCCACCAGGACUGAUCCUUCUGUUCCAGUGCUAUCACGGGGUCUAGACUUCCCCCUAGCCAAACCUGGACCCAACCCAGACCACGGGGCUAAAGUUAUUCGGGCCGACCCCCAAGGACGCAGACGGCACUGCUCAGAAACUUUCCUUGCCCCGCCUUCCCUCCCCACCUCUACCUCUACUUCCUCUUCUUCUACUGCCUCCCUCUUUCCAGAACACGCCCAAGCUGUGGCCCGCCGGCUGGGUUUUGAAAGCAUGCUGUGGGGGAAUGGUGCUGUGACUGAUAAUCCCACUCAGUUCGCCCUCCCUGGGCAGCAGUCCCUUCCCGCAAACACUCAGACUUCGUCCACAGAGCAAGGCCUUAACUACAUAGACUUGGACUUGGCCAACAAAGAGGGCCACCAUUUGGGCCAGGAUGGACCUUCAGGUAGCCAGGCCCCCUCUCGCCUCUUCUCUGUACUGGGUGGAGGUUCUGGGGUCGGGGGAGUGGGCGCACCAGUUGGCAGCAGCAGCAGCAGCUCAACACUCAACACUUACGCCAGCAUCGACUUCUACAAAUCAGAGGAGCUGCGAACGCAUCAGAAUGGAAACAAGGAGGGUACAGAGUGCUGAUGUCAGUGUGUCAUCCUUUGGGAAACUAUCUGGUGCCACUCAGAGAACUUCAAAGCUUCGCCUGUUCCUUUUGUGACAACCAAUCAAACGGACAGAGCAACUGGAUCGGAAUUUUAAUUUUUUUUUCCUUCGCUUUCAUCUUGUUGGUUGUGGAAACCAACUUGGAUGCGUGCCAAAUGACAUUCUUGAAAACCUAUUUGCUGCUCUCAUUCCGUGAGUGAAAGCCAAUCAGAGAAGGGUACAAAAAAUGGAGACUGGUGUUUUAGUGUUUUGAUUUUUGAUCAUUUUUCCAAGACAAAAAUUCUAAUUCUAAUUCUAAUCAUUAAGAGUAUACAUUUUCAUAUUUAAUGUAUGAAAAAGAAAAUUAAUAGAAUUAUAUAUCUUCUCAAAAAGUGCCUCAUUUUCAGAUUGUAGCCAUUUUACAAAGAACUUCAACUUAGCCUGACUUACUGAAACUUUGGGUUCAGUUUGUGUGUGCUUGAUAUAGAUAUGGAUAAAAGGGGGGUAGCACUGGUGUGAGCUUUUGCUGUGUUCAUGUCAUAUGGGAUGAGACCGUUGUUUAAAACCUUGCGAGCAACAGUUGGAUGUGAUUACAGUGUUAGAGAGUCGUGUGAGGGUUAAAAAUACUGUGCAUGGUCAAUAUAACACCUGUGAAAUGUACUCCUGUGCCAUUGAGCUCCAAAUCGGAUAGAGAGUUUAACAUUUGAUGUUGACAUGAACAAUAUUUACAAGUCGGAAAAUGGAAAUCACAAUAAAUCCGAUGAAUGACAUGAAUGCAGCAUUUUCGCUAUUGAUAAUGGUACUAGCCAAUCUGCUGGCCUUCCCGUCUACUGUGAGAAAUAUUAGCGUAGCCUGUGUUAGCGACACGUUCAGCUCAUUAUAACCUGCGCUGCUUUUUCUGUCUUUUUCUCUUUCUGUUAACUUUUUAACAAAGCCAUACACCUAAAGUAUUAAAGACACAGGCUUGACACAAAAGGCACGAGGUAGCAGGGGAUGCAGUAGCUUGCUAGUUAGCUAAAGCCAGCUAGGUCAGAUUAACAUAUUAGCAUCGUGUCAGAACGUAAAUUCAGCAACCUGUCCUGCUGACCACAGCUCAGGGUGAGAGCCCUAAUACAGAGCCAGGCAAUCCCAUUAGUGCUAUUAGCUCCAUACAAUAGUGUCUCAUUAAAUCCACUUUGUCUCAGGAUGCUUAAUAACAUUAGGUACGUACAGCUGAGGAUAGAAACCCUAUCAAUAGCUAUGCUAAUGCUAGCUUUGUCGUGGUUAGCACACUGCUUUAAACACCGGAAAAGGGGGUCAGUUCUUAUUUCAAUUCUGUCGGUAUGAAAUAAUAAAUGAAAGUGCUAAUUUGUUCUCAGUUAUUUUAUACAUUAAGGUACCAAACAUUUUAAGAUUUUACACUUUAAAAAUUCUUAAACUGGUUGAAUUGAAAGUGCUUUGACCCUGAAUGCCUCUUUAAGACUCCCCCUCCCCCCUCCCUCCUUUCUGUCUUUUGCUUAGCUCUUACUUUAAUCUCCGCUAUGCAUCAGCACUUAAGUGCCUGUCUGUCCUUUUUAUCUGUCUGUCUCUUUUCCCCGUCUUAGCAGCUAGCACUAAUAGGGUUGUCCUCGCAGAAUAUAUUAGUCUAUUUUUGUGUCUAUUUUUAGCUGUACAGUUCUCAUGAAUUAACUUGUGUGUAUGUUUGUUCGGUGUGACAAUGAUCUACCAGAUGACUUGACUGACAGCCAUGGCCCUAAUCGGAGGAGUUUGGACUGUUUCUCUUUGCCGGUAAUGGAGGACUUAAUUGUCGCAGGGCCGUCAGUGCCAAAACACAACACCAACAAAAAAAAAAAAGACUAAGCUCCAACAGCACCUCAAGAAGCAACCUUCAGCUCUCAUGUCUGGACGUAUUGCUUUGUUUUGUUUUAAAAAUGUAACCUUUUGUGUUCCCCGUUUUCUUUUGCAGCGGGGGGGAGAACUGUGACAUAUCUGGCCUGCUUAUGUGACUCUUGGAGAUAAAGGUCAUUGAGAGGACUUGCGUACGCUUUGACCUUGAAUUUGUCCACAACUUUGACCAGAGGAUUAAAAAGAAAAUGCAUGAUGAGAAAGAAAAGGCCACUACGAUAAAAACAAAAAGUCGAAAUACAUGUGCAUCUAUGUAGCUCCACGUUGUACUCCUGUGUUUGUCUGCCUGUCUACGGAGGUUCAUAAACAUGCUCACUCUGGUCAGAUGACUUUCAGGGCCGAGAGCAUAACAAUGCAGCUUUAUUAUGAGCAGAUUGGGAUCUGUGGUUGGAAUUGUCUGUAAUAGCGGUUACUAAUGCAUAAGUGGGAUAAAACCAAGUGGACUUUAAACCAGAUUCAGCACUUUCAUGCAGACUUGCAGACAAACGCAUGAUGUUGAAAUGUUUCUAAUGUCUUUUGGAGAUGUUAUCGUGUUGGAACUCAGCAGUUUUCAGCCAAAUGCUUGAAGGUAAUAAUAAUAAUAAUGUUUAUUUAUAGAGCACUUUUAAAAUUCCACAAAGUGCUUCACAAAAGCAGCAAAAAUAAAUAUUAAAGUCGUAAAAUCACCAGGUUUUCAAAGAAAACAUUAAAAAAAAAAGAAAAAAAUGUGGUGU